AUGCAAGAAGAAGAAGAGAAAUUUCAAGUCAAUUCACUGGAGCACAUAUCUGUCACACAAGAUCGGCUAAAUGAAAUAAGAGACGCAACUGCAGCCGAUGUCCAGAUGCGUCUACUGCGCGAGUAUGCACAGACGUCAUGGCCCGAGCAGAAAGAGCAAGUUCCUCAACUCGGAAGGCCAUUCUGGUCCUACAGAGAGGAGAUCCACGAGGAAAACGGCCUUGUGCUGCGGUCAAACAAGAUAAUAAUUCCAACGGCCAUCAGAUCCAAGAUUCUCAACUUGCUCCACACGGCACACGCGGGCAAAGACAAAAUGAAGAGAAGAGCCCGAGAAAUUUUGUUCUGGCCCGGAAUCAACGCUGACAUUGACCGCGAACAUGACAAAUGCAGCAAAUGCGAGAAGUACAAAUCAAGAAACGCCAAGAUGCCACUCCUUAGCCACGCACUGCCAACGCUUCCUUGGCAGUUGGUCGGGACCGAUUUCUUCACUCAUGAAGGAAAAGACUACAUAAUCCUGGUGGAUUUUACUCAUUUUAUUUUGAGGUAG